GAAACAGCUGUUGGCUACCAACUUUGGAAGAAAAAAUCCAAAGCUCAAGCCAAAAUAAACAGUGUCGUAAUUUGUAAUUUAGGGGACAAAAUCUUCAAUCAAUCAAGAUGGGGAGUUGUGAGGGAUUAGAGAUUCUUGGUGUUUUGAAAACAGCACAAGAAGGUAAACAAAUGGUUUUGCAGCUAAAACCAAGUAUUGAAACCACUUGGGAACACUGUGGAUUUUGCGACUUCAAACUGGAUUCUGAUAUAGAUAAACUACAAUCAUCGAGAGAAACUGAACACUCGCAUGCAAUACAGGGAGUAUUUUCUUUCAUUCCAAGCAAAAAUCAAUGGACUCUCACUUUUUCCAAUUGUGAUAAAGAGGAACGACAUCAACAUGUAGGAAAACCUUCAUCAACAUGUGAAGUAAUCAAGAAUGACAUCACAAUAAACAGGCAAAAGAAUUUACAACUGCAGUAUGAAGUAGAUGGGAAGGUAUUUGAAUUAAGAAGCACAUUCUCAGCUAAAAAGCACAGAAAUGUGGAGCCAUCCAAUAACAAUUUUGCCACUUCAAACAAGUCAAUAACACAGCCAACCAAAGCAAUUGAAUUUGUCAUUGAAAACAACAAAUACUCUACUUCGUCUGUUAAUACCAAGGCAUUUGAAGAAGCAGUUGUUGUUGAGGAAGAAAGAUCUGCCCUUGAAGCCUCACUGGAACUUCUUCAGGUAAAACUAAUGGACAAGUGUAUUGUUCCAGACCAAAUUGGUUGUGGGCCAGAUACUUCCACCUUUUUGCAAAAUAUGAGAGAAUUGGCAAAACUUCUAACUCCCUCUGGUCAGAACCCAUUUAAGUGUGAUCAAUGUGAAGAGGAAAUGACCUCCUACUUCCCAUAUGUCGAACAUGUUUUUAAGCACUUCGGAACUCGUCCUUACAUCUGUAACGUGUGUCAAGCAUCUUUUCAGACAAGGGCUGUUAUGAGACAUCACCUUGAUAUGCACGGCGGGAAAGCGCCUUUUGAGUGCGAGUUUUGCGGGAAGAAAUUUCGGAAUUCUUGUCACAUGAAACAACACCGAAUGCGUCACACCGGAGAACGACCUCACAAUUGCCCCUACUGUGAAAAGACGUUCGCUCACAAAAACGUGCUAAAGAUUCAUUUACAAGUGCACACUGGAGAGAAGCCCUGUUGUUGUGAUCUAUGUGGAAAGCUGUUUCGUGAACCGCAUCGUUUAGCGUGCCAUUUAGCUACACAUUAUCGCUCCUCGAAGUCACUAGACUGUUCGGCUUGUGGCAAAAGUUUCAAAACUAGUGGAAUGUUAAAACUGCAUGAAGCCAAGCGUUGCAGCAAUAAGCUUACAACAGAUUUGGAAAGAGAUACUGAGGACCAGGGCCUGGAAACUUUGCAGAAUGUUGCUUACAUAGAAAAUAUAGAUGAUGCGCAUUUUCUUGAUACAGAUCACGAGGUAACCAUCAUAGAAGCAGAAUCUUUAGAAGUCCUCCCUGUAAACACUUAUAUUGUGGAGCCAUCCGGUGUGGGGCCUAUGCUAGUACAAUUUUCUAUUGAUCAAGACGAUGUUCAAGAAAUUCCUUCCUUGGAAGAAUCAUUAAAUUCGUGAUGUUCGUAAUACAUCUCUCCUUUAAGUCUUCGCAUUGAUUUAUAGAACCCAUUUUGAAAUUUGUAAAUACACAAAGGACCAUAUUUUUUUCUUUA